GUCACUCUAGUGCCUUUCAACAGCCACAGGGGCAAAGCUCUGUCAUCCUUAGGAUCUAGUCACCAGCGAACAGACCAGGGAGACCAGAAGAGAGCCAGCUGGAGGCAGGGGGUGGAGGCUCAGGAAGCAGCCUCGGAGAGGGGCAGGGACCAGGCACAGGAGGCCAGGGGCUGGGAGAACAGACUCCCCUCAGAAGUGCAGAAGAGGGGAGCGGAAGGAACUGAGGGAGGGACAGACAGGAGCCUGAGGAGGAAAGAGGAGGGGGAGAGAGGGGUCAGGCCCAGCAGCCAAGGAGGAGGCGUGCAGCUGGGGGCUGCAAGCAGGAAACUAGGGACAGAACUGGCUUAGUGCGCUGUCCCCUAAAGCAGCGGCAUCCCCUGGAGGCUCUGGUUUGUAUCAGUGCUCAGGCCGGGAUGUGUCUGUGAGGGUGGGUGGCAAGGAACCCCUCACCAUGGCCCUCAGCACCCUCUGGAGCUGCUAUCUCUGCUGUCUGCUGACUGUAGUUACAGAGGCUGCCAGCUACCCUCCUCGGGGUUACAGCCUCUACACAGGGGGCAGUGGGGCCCUCAGUCCUGGGGGACCCCAGGCCCAGAACUCACCACGGCCUGCCAGCCGCCACAGGAACUGGUGUGCCUACGUGGUGACUCGGACAGUGAGCUGCGUCCUUGAGGAUGGAGUGGAGACCUUUGUCAAGCCAGAUUAUCAGCCCUGUGGCUGGGGCCAGCCCCAGUGUCCCCGAAGUAUCAUGUACCGAAGCUUCCUUCGCCCUCGCUACCGAGUGGCCUACAAGACAGUGACAGACAUGGAAUGGCGGUGCUGUCAAGGGUAUGGGGGCGAUGACUGUGGAGAGGGCCCUGCUUCCGUUCUGGGUCCCGCGCCCUCCACACCACACCCCCGGCCCAGGCCCGCGCGCCCCAACCUAUCUGGUUCCAGUGCAGGCAGCCACCUCAGUGGACUAGGAGGAGAAGGUCCUGGUGAGUCAGAGAAAGUGCAGCAGCUAGAGCAGCAGGUGAAGAGCCUGACCAGAGAGCUGCAAGGCCUUCGAGGUGCCCUGCAGGGAAUGAACGGGCGCCUGGCAGAAGAUGUACAGAGGGCUGUGGAAACGGCCUUUAACGGGAGGCAGCAGCCCGCAGAUGCAGCUGCCCGCCCCGGGGUGCGGGAGACCCUCAGUGAGAUCCAGCAGCAGCUGCAGCUCCUAGACAACCGCGUCUCCACCCACGACCAGGAGCUCGGCCACCUAAACAACCAUCAUAACGGAGGCCCGGGCGGAGGCAGCAGGGCCCCUGUUCCGGUUCCUUCUGGCCCCAGUGAGGAACUGUUAAGGCAGCUGGAAAGACAGCUGCAGGAAUCUUGUUCAGUGUGUCUGGCGGGACUGGAUGGCUUCCGGCAGCAGCAGCAGGAGGAUAGGGAGCGGCUGCGAACACUCGAGAAGCUACUAUCCUCCAUGGAGGAGCGGCAGCAGCAACUCGCGGGACCCGCCAUGGCCAGGAGACCCCCUCAGGAAUGCUGCCCCCCAGAGCUGGGUCGGCGACUGUCGGAGCUGGAGCGGAGGCUAGAUGUGGUGGCCGGCUCGGUGACAGUGCUAAGUGGACGGAGAGGCUCUGAGUUGGGAGGAGCUGCAGGGCAGGGGCGCCACCCCCCAGGCUACACCAGCUUGGCCUCCCGCCUUUCCCGCCUGGAGGACCGCUUCAACUCUACGCUAGGUCCCUCAGAGGAGCGAGAGAAGGACUGGCCUGGAGGAGCAGGCAAGCUGGGCCGCUGGUUGCCUGCUGCUCCAGGACGCCUAGAAAAGCUGGAGGGCCUACUGGCCAAUGUGAGCAGGGAGCUGGGUGGCCACCUAGAUCUGCUGGAAGAGCAGGUGGCAGGAGCUGUGCAGGCUUGUGGACAGAUCUGCUCUGGGGGUCCCGGGGAGCAGGAAUCUCAGGUCAAUGAGAUCCUUAGUGCCUUGGAACGCAGGGUGCUGGAUAGUGAGGGCCAGCUACGCUUGGUGGCCUCAGGCUUGCACAAAAUGGGCGCAGCAGGGGAGGCCCAGCAGGCCAUGUUGGAGGGACUGCAAGGGACCCUGGGCCGGCUUCAGGAGCGCAUGGAUACACAGGAGGAGACGGCUGCAGAGCUCUCGCUGCGCCUCAAUCUUACAGCAGCCCAGCUAAGUCAGCUGGAGGGUCUGCUGCAAGCCCGUGGGGAUGAGGGCUGUGGCGCCUGUGGCGGUGUCCAGGAGGAGCUGGGUCGCCUUCGGGAUGGCGUGGAACGUUGCUCCUGUCCACUAUUACCCCCGCGGGGACCUGGAGCUGGUCCAGGUGGUGGAGGACCAAGCCGUGGGCCUCUGGAUGGUUUCAGUGUGUUUGGGGGCAGCUCAGGCUCAGCCCUCCAGGCCCUGCAAGGAGAGCUCUCUGAGGUCAUUCUUACCUUCAGCUCCCUCAAUGACUCACUGCAUGAACUCCAGACCACUGUGGAGGGCCAGGGUGCUGAUCUGGCUGACCUGGGGGCCACCAAGGACAGCAUCAUCUCCGAGAUCAACAGGCUACAACAGGAGGCCACAGAGCACGUGACAGAGAGCGAGGAGCGCUUCCGGGGCCUGGAGGAGAGCCAGGCGCAGGUGGGCCAGUGCCCUAGCCUAGAGGGGCGCUUAGGCCGUCUUGAGGGAGUCUGCGAGCGACUGGACACUGUGGCAGGGGGACUACAAGGCCUGCGUGAAGGCCUUUCCAGACAUGUGGCUGGGCUCUGGGAUGCACUACGGGAAAGCAACAGCACCAGCCUGACACAGGCCGCCCUGCUGGAGAAGCUGCUGGGGGGCCAGGCAGGCCUGGGCAGGCGGCUUGGUGCCCUCAACAGUUCCCUGCUGCUCCUGGAAGACCGUCUGCAGCAGCUUAGCCUGAAGGACUUUACUGGACCUGCGGGCGAGGCUGGGCCCCCUGGGCCCCCUGGGCCUCCUGGGCUACAGGGGCCUCUAGGCCCUGCAGGACCUCCAGGACCUCCUGGCAAAGAUGGACAAAAGGGGGCCAUUGGACCACCAGGUCCUCAAGGUGAACAGGGAGUGGAGGGACUACCAGCAGCCCCCGUGCCCAGGGUGGCCUUUUCAGCUGCCCUGAGUUUGCCUCGGUCAGAUCCUGGCACGGUCCCCUUCGACAGAGUCCUGCUCAACGAUGGAGGCUACUACGACCCAGAGACAGGUGUAUUCACUGCGCCACUGGCUGGACGCUACUUGCUGAGCGCUGUACUAACUGGACACCGGCACGAGAAAGUGGAAGCCGUGCUGUCACGCUCCAACCUGGGCGUGGCCCGUAUUGACUCCGGAGGCUACGAGCCUGAGGGACUGGAGAAUAAGCCUGUGGCCGAAAGUCAGCCCAGCCCUGGCGCUCUGGGCGUCUUCAGCCUCAUCCUGCCACUGCAGGUCGGAGACACCGUCUGUAUCGACCUGGUCAUGGGCCAGCUGGCACACUCAGAGGAGCCGCUCACCAUCUUCAGCGGAGCCCUGCUCUACGAGGACACAGAACUUGAACAGGUGUAGACAGGGUCGGCCCAGCCACCAAACUUACCUACACAGGCAGCAGAGCCACCUGGGUGGCUGCUCCUCACCAAGGCUGGGCCAAGUCCAGGGACCACGUCCUGCUGCGGGUCAUGCAUCCAGAGUGACCACUUCACACGGCGGGACACCGUGGUCUCUGGGACCUAGGCAUCUCCUCUUGACUUUUGGCCUCAUUGCCGUCCCCACCAGAGCCCUCUCCAGGACCCCAGCUGCGGAGCCUCGCACCCUUUGCCUCCUCAAUCCUUGGGGAUCCAGGGCUCUCCGAGCCCACACCACCUUACUAAACUAUUCAGGAAUAAAGACACUUGUUUUUGUUAUUGUUUGU